GAAGCCCAUGGGUUCAGCUGGUGGAAAGAAGGAUUCUACCGAGAAACCGGCGAGGGGGUGCCAAUAUGGUGCAGCCCUGCGAAGGAAAAGCGCCGCCUGGUUACCGGGCGAUGCGGCCCAGGUUUCCGCAGCCUGGACAACUGCAGGCCCCACGGCCCUAGACAGCCAGAGCUUGGGUCUGGCUGCACAUUGGGCGCCCUUCACUCGCGCAGAAGCGCCAGCUGUCUCCGGUCGUUACCUUAGUCACCCUCAACCUCCGACCCUCCCAACCCAGGCAUACAGCCGCAGUGGGAGCCUGUUAGAAGCACCAGCGCUGAGUAUGUAUCCGCCAAAUGGCGCACCCACCACCCCAACCGACACCCGGCUUUCCCCCCACCCUGCCCCCCGGGCACCCACUCCUCCAGAGCCAGCACCCUUGAGCUAAUUGGGGAUGAGUCCCAGGGCUAGGACUUCGAAUAGGAAGAGAGUGCUCAGGACUUCCCGUGAAUCCCCUGAAAUCAUACGCAGGUUUGUUAUUGUGCAGAGGUGCACAUUUCUCGACGGGAUCCUACAAUUUAUCUCAGAUUCUCAGAAGUGUGUGAGCCCAAACAAAUUAAGACGCUCCCAUCACUGCUCCGGGAACAACACGAAAUGGGAGGAUUGGGGAACAUUUAAAGUGGUCCCUCACGAUUCUAGUCUUGGCUAAGCAGAAUUUAACUUUAGAAGUGUUCUCUUUGUGUCUCUCAGGGAAGGACGCUCUUUCCUUGCUUAUCUUAAAUAGUCUCCAGACCCCAAGGCCUCGGGCAUUGUAUAAUUUGUUGAGUAAUUAAUGAUAUUAACUUAUCAACUCAAUGGUUAU